UGACUAGCAACUAAACAUAUAUCAAUAACAACUCUCUCUUUUUACCUCUACAAAUACCACUCUCUCUGUGGAUUGCAUAGUUUAGUGCAUACAAUGGCAAAAAGAAUUUUUGCUUUGGCUUUAUCACUUUUUUUGCUUUCAUUUUCCACACUUGCGAAUGCACUUAGCCUAAACUAUUAUGACAAAACAUGUCCGAUGGUAGAGACAACCAUUACGAGUGUGGUGAAGAAAGCGAUGAUGAACGAUCAAACAGUUCCGGCAGCCUUACUUCGCAUGUUCUUCCAUGAUUGCUUUAUUAGAGGUUGUGAUGGUUCUGUGCUGCUGAAUUCAACUAGCAACAAUCAAGCUGAAAAGGAUGGACCUGCCAAUAUUUCCUUGCAUGCAUUUUACGUGAUUGACAAUGCAAAGAAAGAAGUUGAAGCUAAGUGUCCCGGCGUUGUUUCUUGUGCUGAUAUAUUAGCUCUGGCUGCGAGGGAUGCAGUUGCUUUGUCUGGAGGUCCAACUUGGAAUGUGCAAAAGGGAAGAAAAGAUGGAAGAAUUUCAAAGGCAAUUGAUACCAGAUUACUUCCAGCUCCAACCUUCAACAUCUCACAACUACAGCAAAGCUUUGCCCAGAGAGGACUUUCCUUUGCUGAUUUAGUGGCACUCUCAGGAGGCCACACUCUUGGAUUCAGCCACUGCUCAUCAUUCCAAAACAGAAUCCACAACUUUGACACCAAAAACGACGUUGACCCAUCGCUGCAGCCCUCCUUUGCAGCCAACCUGAGGAGUGUUUGUCCCCUUCACAACACGAGGAAGAACGCCGGUGCCACCAUGGACACAACUUCAACUAUAUUUGACAACGUCUACUUCAAGUUGCUUCUCCAGGGGAAGAGUCUCUUCACUUCAGACGAAGCUUUGCUCUCAGCUCACGAGACUAAAACUUUGGUUUCAAAGUUUGCUAAUUCCCAAGAAGAUUUUAAUAGGGCUUUUGUCAAUUCCAUGCUCAAGAUGGGUAGUCUCAAUGGUGGCCAAGAGGUUAGGCUCAACUGUAGAGCGGUUAAUUAGGUACUACUACUAUUAGUCUAUGUGCACAGAAAUAUGCACCAAAUGUGUGUUGUCUAGCCAAAUGUGUGUUGUCUAGAUCUAUUUCAGAUUGGAUGAGUUUAAGAAUAUAAAAACCAGAUUUAAAAUGGAUAAGAUUUUUUAAAAGUCAUUUCCACCAAAAAAAAAUUUAUAUAAAAUCUUAUCUAUUAAUAGAUACUUUAUGUUUUUGUUUGUAUUUACGUCACACAUUAAAAGAAUGUGGGCUACAUAUUAAUUUUUGUUUGCACAUUUAUGUGCAGGUAGCAUUAUUGUUAGCCAACUUGGUGGUGCCAUGUGACCACCAAGUCCUUGCCCUCAAUGGGGUAUUUGUGUAUCUUUUCAAGUCCAUUUUUUUUAUUUAUUUUGAUGAUAAGAGUGA